AUGCCGUCAUAUGAAAAUUUUUUGAAGGAGCUCCUUACAAAGAAAAGAAAAUAUAAUGAGAAGGAGACCAUUGAAGUGCAAGGUAACUGUAGUGCAAUCAUACAAAAAUUACCUCCUAAGUUUAAAGAUCCAGGAAGCUUCACUAUUCCAUGUACCAUUGGAGAAUUGGAAGUUGGAAGAGCAUUGAUUGAUUUGGGAGCUAGCAUUAAUUUAAUGCCGCUUGCUAUGUUCAAAAGAAUUGAAGGUUUGGAACUCAAACCUACUAGAACGACACUCCAAUUGGCGGACAGGUCUCUUAAAUACCCAUACGGGGUGGUUGAAGAUGUAUUGGUGAAGGUAAACAAAUUUGUAUUUCCAGUGGAUUUUGUCAUAAUGGAGAUGGAAGAGAAUGGAGAUGUGCCUCUCAUCCUUGGGCGACCAUUUAUGAAGACUGCUAAAGUUUUAAUUGAUGUGGAGAAUGGCAAGCUUAAAGUAAGAGUUCAAGUUGAAGAAGUGAAUUUUGAUGUAUUCAAAGCCAUGACACAUCCUAAAGAUGAUAAAGCAUGUUUCCAAUUUGAUAUACUUGAUGAAGUUUGUAUAGUACAAGAAAGGAUGAUAAGUUAUUCUUCUACAUUAGAGAAAACUCUUAUUGAUGCUUGUGAAGACUUGAAUGAAGAGGAAGAAAAAUUAAUUGAUGAAUGUAUGACAGAUUUGGAGACAUUGAAGGAGAUUCCAGUGGGGGAGGCUAAUUUUGAGAUGAUUGAUACCAAAAAAGAAGUCAAAGAAAAGAAGUUGGAGUUAAAGAUGUUACCACCACAUUUGAAGUAUGUUUUCUUAGGAGAAGAUGGAACUAAGCCAGUCAUCAUUAGUAAUUCUUUACUUCCUGAAGAAGAAGAAAAGUUGGUGGAAAUAUUGAAAGCCAACAAAGAAGCUAUUGGGUGGUCAAUCUCAGAUCUCAAGGGUAUAAGUCCAACUUACUACAUGCAUAAAAUAUUUAUGGAGGAUGACUAUAGACCAGGUGCUCAACCAUAG